GAACCUCGUUCAUCUUCCAUUUUCAAUGUGACAUAGCCUUCACAUUCUCUUUCCUCCCCUUCCUUUUCAUUGUCCCAAUACUUCUAUGUUCAAUUAAGCGCCCAGUUCGUAUCUUGAUGUUUGCGAGGUCUCUCUACUCGAGGUCGGCGGUGCGCGGCUGUCGCCCAAGUAGUGUUGCGACAAUGCCUCUGAGAGCUUCUAUCAACCCCAAAUUUCUAGGUAGCGGUACCGCCAAUGUAUGCACUAGCUGAGCCGCCGAACAAGUUCUGUACUGAUGUAACAUGUCAGAUGGCUACAGAGUCAAUAUUCCAGGCUAAAGAACCUGAGGCGAUAAGAGAGCUGCCAGAGGACCCCAAAGAGGACGUUUUGUUUGAUACCCUAUUCGGACUGCGUACGAUCGAGCUCAAUCGACCCGAAAAGCUACAUGCCCUCAGUGGGUCAAUGAUUCGCAAAAUUCUGCCACGUUUGCAGGAAUGGGCGAAAUCGGAUAUGGCAAAUGUGGUGGUUAUCAAGGGCUCUGGAGAAAAGGCAUUCUGCGCUGGGGGGGAUGUUGUCACAUUGGCAAAGGACAAUAAGGAGGGUCCCGAGGGUCAGCAAAAAUCUAUCGAUUACUUUGCACAGGAAUAUAAGCUCGACCAUCUCAUUGCAACAUACUCUAAGCCUUAUGUGGCGUUCAUGGACGGCAUAACAAUGGGUGGUGGUGUUGGAUUGAGUAUACACGCUCCAUUCAGGAUCGCCACAGAGAGAACACAAUUUGCAAUGCCCGAGACAACCAUAGGUUUCUUUCCGGAUGUUGGAGCUUCCUUUUUCUUGCCACGGAUGCCUGGGGGUGUGGGGACAUACCUUGCUCUUACUAGUGAUAAACUAAAGGGCGCAAAUGUUUACUAUGCCGGUGUUGCGACACAUUACAUACACUCUACAUCCCUUCCUGCACUGGAGCGUCGACUUGCCGAACUUCGUUUUAAGGACUACUUGUCAUUAGACGAGCGAAUACAACUCAUCGAUUCAACUAUCGAAGAAUAUAGUACCGGGCUUCCCCACGACGAGCCAAUACUUCUCGGUGGCCGCCUUCGAAAUCUCAUCGACGAUGUAUUUGGCAAAUCAAAGAGCGUUACUGAGAUUGUCUCCAAGUUGAAAGUGUUGGCUAAGUCGACUAUAAACACAGUAGAUAGAAAUUGGGGGCAGAAAACUCUUACCACACUCUCUAAACGAUCACCAACAGCAGUUCACGUGGCGUUCCGACAGAUGCAACUUGGCCGGAGAUGGUCGAUCGCCGAAACAUUCCAACGAGAACACCAAAUUGCUGCAAAAUUCAUGAAAUACGGCGAUUUUACGAAAGGCGUGUAUGCUCUGCUUAUUGACAAAACACAGAAGCCAGAGUGGGACUUUGAGACACUGGAGGGCUACCAAAUAGCACAGGCGAAAAGUUCAACGGAUCUCACCGAUUCAUUUUUCAGGAUCGAGGGCGAAGGUGCACAAAGAUUGCAGUUGCUGACUGAUGGGGACUACCAUCGAUACCCACACUGGGGAUUUGGGAUUCCACAGGAGGCUGAAGUUGAGCGCUUUGUUAAACUAGGCGGAAAGACGGUGAAGCAAACUAUCGAUCACUUUGUGGAGCAAAAGCGGGGGAAGCAGGGCGUGCGCGAAGUCAUGAUGGACAUCAUGUCAAGAAAGACGUAUUCAAAGAAUGGCAAGGCUUAUUGGGGAAGGCAACCACUAGAUCAGCCUAAAGCCCGAAGUCCGAAGGUCGCGGAGUAG